AUGGGGAUAUUUGACUACGAGUAUUUGAACAAGGAGCAAAUCAAGGGAUUCAAUUCGUACAAGGUGAAUUUUUCGGUUCAGUUCCUUUUUAAAAAAGUGUUCAAAUGCGCAGCAAAAACCAAAAAAAUAUAGCUUGAAAAAAUGGGUCUUACAACGAUAUGUCUUUUUUUACGGUGACUUUCACGGGCGAACAGCAAAAUUUUAAUUGCCGAAAUUAAUACGAAUACGAAAUCAGAAUUUUUUUGAAAAAAUGUCAGUUACCUUUUCUCAAACCGAUUUCUCAAGUUUGUCAGGAAAAGAGAGAAUAAAAAGAAAAUUUGAGGAAAUAUUCAAAUAUAAUAUUUUGUUCAGUACAGUUGUGUGGACACGUCGCCGCUCGCCGUUUACAUCUCGCAUCCGUUUUGGAAUUGGCUCGUUCAAGUGAUUUCGAGACGAGAAAAGGCACUAAAUCGGGGAUUUUUUGCAGUUCUAUCCCAGAACAUGGGUUCCGAACGUGUUGACCUUGGUCGGCUGGGGAUUCGUGAUGGGCGGAUUCGUCUUGGAAUCUUUCCUCGACUAUGACAUCACUCGGAACUCUUUCGGAACAGCCGAUCCGAUCCCUUCUUGGUGGGUUUUUAGGUGAAAAAGGCUCUGCAAGGAACUCCUUUUUUUCUUUUUACCAAUCACCAAAAAAAUUAACUUUUUUUCUCUUUAUUUUUCGGAAAAAUUUUGCUUCUUUGAAACACUGAUGUUUUCAGUCAGUUUUUCAGUUGGCUAUGCAUUUUUCAAUCCUUGGAAAAAUCCUAAUUGGAAAAUUUACCUUUUUACCUGUAUUUUCAUCAAAUCUUCUUCCAAUACCCUUGCAUUAUUUUCAAUUUUUUUCAAUGAAAAAUAGUUUUUUUGAAUAGUUUAUUUAAAAAAAGGCUCUUGCCGAUUUUUUUCAGUUGAGAAAUUUCAAAAUAGGAAGUGAAAUAACUUUCCCUAUGAAGGAAUUUCGAAGAAAAAUGUAAUUUUGGUUUUGUAUGAAUUUAGUGUAAAAAAAGGCUUUUUUCACCCUUUUCUGAACGUUUGAAGAUGCUUGAAGCCUUUUUUACGCGAAUAAAGGUUUUUUGUUGAAUAUUCUCAGAAAGUAUCGGAAAAGGGGCAAGAUACGUUUCAAUAAGCCUUCGAAUUUUUCUUUUUUGGGCUUAUAGAAGUUCCUCAGCAUAUUUCUUCGCCAGAUAAAUCCUAAGGUUUUGCUCUAUCUUUUUCAUAAUUUCCUGCGAGUAUCCAUCAAAUUUUAUCUCAUUUUCGAUUUUCAACCAAAAUUAUGAAUUUUUCUCUAUUUUCGAACAUUUUAAUGAAAUUUUUGGUUGAGGUUCUGGCUGUUGGCGGCGGUUUGCACGUUUUUGGGCCAUACUUUGGACGGAACCGACGGGAAACAAGCGAGAAGGAUCGGGGCCAGCGGACCGACGGGAGAACUUUGUAAUUCUUUCAAUAUUUUUUUGUACAUUCAAAUUUUUUUUAAUGGAAUUUCUAGGCUCUAAAUUGCUUCCGGAGCAAAAAAAUCAAGCGCAAAAAAAUCUAAAAAAAGGAAAAAUUUUUUUUCUUGAUUCAUUACAAAAAUUGAAGGCGAAAUUCGAUUAUCGAUCUUUUUUUGUCCCGAAAGUUUUUUUCAGAUUUUAGUUCCUCCAAAAAUUUGAAGAAAAAAACAUCGAAUCUGGACUUUUUACGUCGAAAAACUUGAGAAUCGAUUUAAUGUAUCUCAUCAUAAAAUUAUACAGCGAAGUUGAAAAAAAUUCUUUUUGUUUUGUUCUCCACGAAAAUUUCCAUAAAAUUGAUGAAUAUUGUUGUAAACAUUUUUUUUUUAACUGUAAGUUACGGUAUUUUGUCACGAAAUUGGAGGCGAAUCCAAUUUUUUUGGAUUUUUUUGUGCUGAAAAAUUUCCAAAAAUUCCACUUUUUUUUAAAAACAUACCGGUGUCUUGUAAAAAUCUUAAAAGGUGGCUAAAAAAAAAAAAAUCUCAAAACUUUCAAAACUUUUUUUUCAGUUGAUCACGGCUUGGAUUCCUGGUCGACGGUCCCUUUCACAAUCACGAUUUUCUCAAUUUUCGGCCAUGGAUUGUAUAGGUUUGUUAUAAAAUUAUUAAAUUUUAGUAUUUAUCGCAUAAUUUCGGUGCAAAUGUUGCUAAAAUUUGAAAAUUUAUUAUCUUUUUUUAUUCAUUUCCAUUUUUCUAUUCUAUAAAUUUCUCGAAAUUCUUCAAGUUUUUUUCAUUUCUCUGUUUCAGUAUUUUUUUAUUAAACUUCAAAAUUCACUAAAUUGUUGUUUCCUGGGCGUUUCAAAAUCAACUACGUAUUAGGAUUUAUUUGAAUUUGAAUGCCCAAAAACUUUGAAUUGAAAAAAAAGAAAAAGUUGCGAUUUCAGUAUUUCGGGCGUUCAUCUUUUGUGCGUCUUGAUCAGCACACAAAUCGUCUUUUUCACGACUCAUUGGGAGAAAUACAACACGGGCGUCUUGUACCUUUCCUGGGGCUACGAUGCCAGUCAAUUUGUGAGUUUUGAGAGGAAAAAUGAGGGGAAAUAACGGUUGAAAAUGCAGAAAAAUAGAGUAUUGGGAUGAUUUUGACUUUUAAAAGAUCGAUUUUUUUUUUCGCAAGGACAAGCAAUUUAAGUGCAAAAAUAGAAGAUAUUGAAGCUUUUAGUUUGUUUUGAGUGCCGGAAAGUGUGUUCUUGAGAGAAAAAGGCAUGGAAAGACAGUUGGAAAAUGCGUAAUUUCGAAGUUUUUGUUUCUUUCAAUCGUGAAAAUGUGGAAAAAAAGACCUUUUCCGUGUAAAAAUUACGAAAAGUUGAAGAAUUUUCUCGUUUCAAACAUUCAGAAGUAAGAUUUUUAUAGUUAUUGUAGACAUUCUGAAGAUUUUUAAAGCCAAGAAUUUUCCAUAUUAUAAAUUUAUGGGAAUGGAAAUUCAGAGAAAUGAAGUUUAUUUGUAUCUCUCAGGGCCUGAUGUUCAUCUACGUGUUCACCUACUUUGUCGGCUACGAAUGGUUUCAGUUUUUCGUCUUCGGAAAAUGGAACAUCGCCGCCUGCAUGGAAAUCGGCUUCUACGGUGCGAAAUUAUCCCAAAAACGCACUUUGAUCCAAAAAUCAGCUUAUCAAUUAUCAACGAAAACGGAAAAAAUUGAUUAUCUUAUCACUCGGGUGUCCAUCAAAUUUUGGUCGAUUUCGCCUUUUUCUCGGAAAGUGAUGUAAAUUUUUCGCAGGGUCAAGAUUAAUUUCACAAGGGAAGUGUUUUUGGUGGCCGGUUGAACUUUUGUUGAAACUUUGCUGGAAGGUACUAUAAGACCUCCUCUUUCCAGAACACAAAUAAAGUUUCUCGCAAUAGGUCUCGUUUUCGAAAUAUGAAGCUUCAUCUUCUUGUGGCGUAAGUUUUUAUUUGAUUCUUUUUAAAUUAUAAACUGGACUGAAACGCUGAUUAAAAGGCACGUAGAACUCGGUAUACCGAAUCAAAAUGAGAAACUAUGUUAUUUUGGAAAGAAAGUUUUGGUCCAUUUGCCCAAUGUCGAUAAAUUCCUCCUAGGAAAGUUUUGGCAAAAACGAAAUUCUUCAAAAAGUUUCGAACCUAGGUCAUAGACUCCGCAGUGCAAGGACGCUGGCCACUACACCACGCUGCCAACUGGAGUAGAGGGAUCGUACGCGAGCCACAUUCCCUCUUGCCUUGCAGCACUUAUUCAGCGUGCAAACUUUGAAGCUUCAUAUUUCGAAAACGAGAUCUAUUGCGAGAAACUUUAUUUGUGUUCUGGAAAGAGGAGGUCUUAUAGUACCUUCCAGCAAAGUUUCAACAAAAGUUCAACCGGCCACCAAAAACACUUCCCUUGUCAGAUUUUUGGGUGAGCAGGGGUAAAACCAUUAAAAGGAAUGAAAUUUUUUAAUAAAUUCGAUUUUUGAUUGGAAUUUGUGAUAAUAUUGAUGGAUGUGUAUAAAAAUAGGUGUAAUCGUGAAAAAAAGAGAGAAAAUAGACUGAAAUGAAUUUGAACAAUGCUCCCAUUUCGAAUAAGAAAAUCUAUUUUCAGCGAAUUCAGAUGAUUCUGAGCGAAUUCAUAGCCAAAAUAAAAGAAGCUAAUUUUCAUGAAUAAAACUGAAUAUUUAGUCAUUUUUGAAACUUCAAACGCGAAUCUACAGUGGAAGUAAUUUUUUUGAAUAACCUGAAUUUUUCAGCUUGCUGUGCUGGUUCAUUGGUGAUGUCGUUGAAGAACGUCAUGGAGUGCAAAAAUUGGAAACAGGUUUUUUAUUUAUUUUCUUUGAUUUAUUUCCGUUCGAAAAUGUCAAGAUUUUCAGUAAACUUCCUUCAUUUCACAGUUUCAACUAUUCUACGUAUAUUUUGGUGCAAAAAAAUUUUUUUAUUUUCACAGUAAUAGUUGAGAGAAAAAGUUGUUUUUUUUGGAAAUUUGAAGUGAUUUCUGGAAAUUUUCAGAAAAAAACUGGCUGGAAGGCUGCCGCCCGGCUCUCCCAAUUUACACGCUUUUUCUUGGCCUCUGUUGCUUGGGCCACAAAAUCGCCCAACUCGAUCGUCGACGUCGACCCGAGGAUGUUCUUCUUCUGCAUGGGAACCGUCUACAGUAACAUUACGGUAGACAAUUUCUCAUUUUUUUUUUCAGGAUUUUUUAGAGUUUUUACGAUUUUUUCAAGCGUCCGGAAGGAUUUUUCUUCGUGAAAAUAAGGCUAAUUUGUCUCGAUUUCAAGUUUUGAGAUCUUUGAAAAAAUUUUCCCUAAACUUUUUGAAUUUUUUGAGAACCUUUUCCGUUCAAAUUCCAUUGAUUUCGAUACUCAUCCAAAUAAAAUGAGUUUUUUGGCUUUUUUUGGCAAAAGUAUAAUUUGAUCGUCUUUCCUAUAGUUUUCCAACUGAAAUGAUUCAAAUUUUGUUUUUUGGCUGGCAAAAAAAAAUUUUUUUUUGGCUUCUUUUUUUCUUUUUUUUUUGGCUUUUUUUCACUCUAAGUUCAAAAAAUAAAACAUAUGGCAGGAAAAUGAAACCUUUUUGUGAGAAAAAUAGUAUAAAUUUUUCAUCUUUCGGGUUUUUUUCCCACAGUGAAUUGUGUUUCCGGUUUCGAGGAACAUUUAUUUCUAGAAAAAUUUUUCAUAAUACAUUGACCAAUUUCCAUCUGUUUUUGAGAAUAUUUAUUUUCUUGCAGUGCCGACUAAUCAUUGCCCAGAUGUCCAACACAAUUUGCGACAUUUACAAUCUCACAUUGCUCAUUUAUUUGAGUGUGAUUGGUUAGUUUCCCCCCCAAAAAAAAAGUUAGUUUUCUGAUUCAAAAAAUGAAUUUCAAGGAUAUUCCUUCUACCAACCGGCCCACGAACUUUUCGUUCUUCGGAUAAGUACCGUCGCGAUUCUCCUCCUCCACAUCCAUUAUGGAGUUUGUGUGGUGAGAAAUGACUAUUUUCGGGCCUAUAAGUUCAUUUUUCCACAUUUUUAGGUCCGCCAACUCUGCAGGAACUUCAAAAUCUACGCCCUCGAUGUUUCCUAUCUGAAAAAUGCCCAAAAAUGA